GGAUAUUGUAGUCCGGCACAGCGACCUAAUUGAUAUUUAUUCCAAAUGCAAAACUACACUUCCCAGAAGUCACAGCCACACCGAUAAUCACGUGGGAUGAAUUAAACCAAUGAGGCAUAGAUAUACAGGAAGAGCCAAUAAUGCGGCUGCUGUUGUAAAUCUGUAAGCAUCCCACAUAUAUUGUCAGGAUGGGAGUUCAAGGACUUUGGAAGCUUCUUGAAUGUUCUGGAAGACCUGUAAAUCCAGAGACUUUGGAAGGAAAAAUCCUUGCUGUUGAUAUCAGCAUUUGGUUAAAUCAAGCAGUGAAAGGAGCAAGAGAUCGGCAUGGGAAUGCUAUCCAAAACGCUCAUCUGCUCACUUUAUUCCAUCGUCUGUGUAAGCUUCUGUUCUUCAGGAUACGGCCUAUCUUUGUGUUUGAUGGUGAAGCACCUCAGCUGAAGAAACAGACUCUUGCAAAAAGGAGACAGAAGAAGGAUACAGCAGCGAGCGAGGCUAAGAAAACAAAUGAGAAGUUGCUGAAAACCUUUUUGAAGAGACAAGCUGUUAAAGCUGCCUUGUCAGGGAGCAACAAUAGGAAUGAAGAAUUUCCAAGCCUCUCGCAGGUACAGAGAAAGGAAGAGGAAGAUAUUUAUGCCCUACCCCCCUUGGAGGAGAAUGAAAGAAAUAGCUCCGAAGAGGAGGAGGAAAGGGAAUGGAAAGAACGAAUGGAUCAUAAACAUCUACUUCAGGAUGAAAUCUUGGCCAAUCCUAAUUCAGUGGACAUAGACUCUGAAGACUUUAAUAGUCUUCCUCCAGAGGUAAAGCAUGAAAUCCUGACUGACAUGAAGGAGUUUGCAAAACGCAGAAGGACAUUAUAUGAAGCUAUGCCAGAGGACUCCAAUGACUUUUCCCAGUAUCAACUGAAAGGACUCCUGAAAAAAAAUAACUUGAACAGGUGCCUUAAUAAUGUACGGAAAGAGAUGAACCAGCAGCACAUGGGGGAGCUCUGUGCUCAGUUUGAGACAGAAGGGGGAUUUAUGAAGGAGGUUGAAACUCGCCGCCUGAUCUCGGAGGAUACUUCUCAUUAUAUUCUAAUUAAAGGACUUAAGUCAAAAGCAGAAGAAAAGAAAGAUGAUGUGCCUGAGCAAGCAGUGCCCUCUAGUUCUAGUGAUAUGCCAAAAACUUACCUCGAUAUGAAGCUGGCUUCUGCCCAUAGACCUAAGAAAACAAAGGAUAGUGUUCCAGGAGAAGCACCCCCCUCCCCAAGAACACUAUUAGCUAUACAGGAAGCAAUGAUGGAAAGCAGCUCUGAUGAGGACCCCCCUAACAGUGGCAUGACCCAAAGCUAUGAGAUAGCAUCGGAGUCUGUUGGCAUAGUAGAUGGCAGUGUCUCACCCAGAACCAUAAAAGCAAUUCAGGAGGCUCUUAAGGAAGAUGAAAUAGGUUUGAGUAGGAAAAGGCCUGUUGAGAUAUGUGAUGGAUCAAAUAUGGAGCAACCUAAAGCCAAGGUUCUGGUUAUUAGCAGCUCAGAUGAGGAAGAUGAAGCAUUGGUUAUUGAGAGUGGAGAUCAAAUGGCCCAUGUUAUAUCUGAAGCAAGCCAUAAAGGGGAGAGUUCUGCUACUGGGCAUACAAGUGGCCGUGAUAAGUCGAUCAGUAGUUUGGCCCCUGUGACACUUGAAGCAAGCAGUGAGAUGGAGAGUUCUGGGCAUACAAGUGGCCGUGAUAAGUCGAUCAGUAGUUUGGCUCCUGUGACACUUGAAGCAAGCUGUGAGAUGGAGAGUUCUGGGCAUACAAGUGGCAAUAAGUUGAUGAUCAGUAGUUUGGCCCCUGUGACACUUGAAGCAAGCUGUGAGAUGGAGAGUUCUGGGCAUACAAGUGGCCGUGAUAAGUCGAUCAGUAGUUUGGCCCCUGUGACACUUGAAGCAAGCUGUGAGAUGGAGAGUUCUGGGCAUACAAGUGGCAAUGAUAAGUCGAUCAGUAGUUUGGCCCCUGUGACACUUGAAGCAAGCUGUGAGAUGGAGAGUUCUGGGCAUACAAGUGGCAAUGAUAAGUUGAUGAUUAGUAGUAUGCUCGCGGUUACAAACCAGAGUGAGCUGCCACACAAGUUAUAUAUAAACCACAAAGACAAUAAGGAUCAGAAUGUGCAGGGUGUUAAGACAACUCUCUUCCAUUCCAAGGAUAUACCUCUUGAGGGAUAUCUGAAACCUUUUUCCAGUGAUAUUAAUAUACCAGCUUCUAUAAAACCCUUAGAUGACAGGAACCUUCAAGACCCAUCCAGUAACUUAGUUAUUCCAAUUUCUGAACUGGAAAAAUCUGAUCUAAAGUUAAGUGAAAAAACUAAUUCUGAACUUACACCCAGUAAAAAGGGAACUGACAUUCAUCCUUCAGCAUAUGAGCCUUCAGUGUCUUCAUCACUACUACAAAAAAGUCCUGUUCUGGUGGCAUCUGAGGCCCAAGAACAGGCAGCCCUAUUGCCACCACAACAGAAAGCAACUGAGGAGGACACAACUUGUAACCAAGAAGAAUCUACUGCUAAUGUUCCAGACAUAAGAAAUGUCCCUUUGAUUUCUGAAAGCAUACCGAUAGUUGAUGAAGAAUCAGACAAAGAGAAAGAAAUGGACUCUGACUCUGAUGGUAGUUUCAUUGAAGUGGAAAGUGAUUUGGGUGAUAGUAACUCAAAUCUAGCACAAACAACUGAAUCUACCAAGGAUACAAUGGAAAGGCAAAUCAAUGAUGCCAUGGCGGCAGAAUCCACCUCAACUGCACAGUUAGAAAACUCUGUCACAGAAGAUGAACAGGCACAUGUCCAGAUUGCUGCAUUACAGCAAAAUGAGGAAUCCCAAGAUCGAGAAGCUGAGUCUAAUGAAUGGCAAGACAUAAGUCUGGAGGAACUUGAGUCAUUGGAGAAUAAUUUAUUUGUUCAGCAAACCUCACUCCAGGCACAAAGACAGCAACAGGAACGUGUCGCUGCCUCUGUCACAGGACAGAUGUACCUAGAAAGCCAGGAACUUUUGCGUCUGUUUGGUAUUCCUUACGUUGUAGCUCCUAUGGAGGCAGAAGCGCAGUGUGCUAUUUUAGACCUGACUGAUCAAACCUCAGGCACCAUCACAGACGAUAGUGAUAUCUGGCUGUUUGGGGCACGACAUGUAUACAAGAAUUUCUUUUCUCAAAAUAAAUAUGUGGAAUAUUACCAGUUUUCUGAUAUGCAGAAUCAGCUGGGUUUAGAUCGUUCUAAACUUAUUAAUUUAGCAUACUUGAUGGGGAGUGACUAUACUGAAGGAAUACCCUCAGUGGGCUAUGUUUCUGCUAUGGAGAUACUGAAUGAAUUUUCUGGGCAUGGUCUAGAACCUCUGAUGAAGUUCAAGGAAUGGUGGACAGAAGCCCAAAAGAAUAAGAAAACCAGACCUAAUCCCCAAGAUACCAAAGUGAAGAAGAAGUUACGGAAUCUAGAGCUACAUCCUGCAUUUCCUAAUCCAGCUGUAGCUGAUGCAUAUAUGAAGCCUGUGGUAGAUGAUUCCAAAGGAGCUUUUGCCUGGGGACGGCCAGACCUAGAAGAAAUCCGAGAAUUUUGUGAGAGCCGCUUUGGCUGGUAUCGAUCCAAGACUGAUGAUGUCUUACUGCCAGUACUGAAGCAGUUAAAUACACAACAGACCCAGCUCCGGAUUGAUUCUUUCUUUCGGCUGGAGAAACAUGAUGCUCAUGGUGUGAAGAGUCAGCGACUGCGCAGAGCGGUAACUUGUAUGAAAAGAAAGGAAAGGGAUAAUGAAGCUCUAGAAGUAGAAGAGGCCACUGGACUGAUGGCAGAAGAGGUUGCACUUGAGGAUAAGAAAAAUACAAACCUUAGUAGAAACCGCCAGAAAGGAAAGAAAAAAAAUGAGAAAAAAUUAGAAAGUCCUCCAUCUGAGAGUGUUGAAGGUGGCUUUCUUGGGUCUGGAGCCAAGCCUUUGUCUCCUAAGAAUGAAAAAUCAUUUGGUGAUAACUUGGAGAAGGAUACACAAAAACUCAACAGUUGCACAAACUCUUACAAGCAAACAAAACCAAGCAAAUCUAGCCAAGUUGUCUCAAGUGUAAAGACUGAAACACUGGAAACAAGCAGCUCAAGUGAUGAUGAAGACAAGGUAGUGCUAGUAGCAGCCAAACCUGUAUUUCAGGGAAAGAAAAGAAAACCAAGAACUCUAAAGGGCCAAAGGAAUUAAAAAUAACAAUUUUGACCUUUUUAUACCUUAUAUGAACUUGAUGUUUCUUACCCUUUUUCUACACCAUCUUCUAAAAUUAAAUUAUGUGCAACUAGGAGUUUUGCUGUUUUAUGUCUGUUUAUAUUUAGUCCUUUUUUUACAAUGGGUUGUUGCUUUUUUUAUGUACAUUUUAUACUGUUUUGCCCCAGUUUUUAACCCCUUAAGGACUCAGCGUUUUUCAUCAUAACGCUUUCAAUUUUGCACCUAAAAAUCCAUAUGAUGGCUUAUUAUUUGCGCCAUCAAUUCUACUUUGCAGUGACAUUAGUAAUUUUACCAAAAAAUCCACGGAAAAAAACAUCAUUGUGCGACAAAAUUGAAGAAAAAAUUUCAUUUUGUAAAUUUUGGGGGCUUAUCAUUAUUCUGUAGGUCCAUACGGUUAAAAUGAUACCCUACUUAUAUAGGUUUGAUUUUGUCGCACUUCUGAAAAAAAUCAUAACUACAUGCAGGAAAAGGUAUACGUUUAAAAUAGUCAUCUUCUGACCCCUGUAACUUUAUUUUUCUGCGUACGGGCUGGAAUGAGGGCUAAUUUUUUGCGCCGUGUUCUGAAGUUUUUAUUGGUACCAUUUUUGUGUUGAUCGGACUUUUUGAUUGCUUUUUAUUUAUUUUUCUUAUGAUAUAAAAAGUGACCAAAAAUACACUAUUUUGGACUUUUGAAUUUUUUUGCACGUAUGCCAUUGACCGUGCGGUUUAAUUAAUGAUAGCAUUUUAUAUUCGGACAUUUACGCACGCAGCAAUACCACAUAUGUAAAUUUGUAUUUUUAUUUACAGUUUUUUUUUUUUUUUUUAUGGGUAAAAGGGGGGUGAUUCAAACUUUUAUUAGGGAAGGGGUUAAAUGACCUUUGUUAACUUUUUUUUUCACUUUUUUUUGCAGUGCUAUAGCUCCCAUAGGGACCUAUAGCACUGCACACACUGAUCUCUUAUGCUGAUCCUUGCAAAGCCAUAGCUUUGCACGGAUCAGCGAGAUAGGGGCUCGAUUGCUCAAGCCUGUAGCUCAGGCUUGGAGCAAUCAAACCCCGAUCGGACACCGCGGAGAGAGGUAAGGAGACCUCCGCCUGCGUCCCAGCUGGUCGUAACAUCGCGAUUUUAUUGCGAUGUCCCGAUCAGCCUGACUGAUCUGCCGGGAAGCGUUUACUUUCGUUUUCAUAUGCGGCGAUCAAUUUUGAUCGCCGCGUCUGAAGGGUUAACAGCGCGGCACAACGAUCGGUGCCGCACGCUGUUAGCCCAGGGUCCCGGCUAUUGUUAGCCGGGACCGACCCGGUGUGAUGCGGGGUCACGGCGUGACCCCAUUUUUCACACCAGGACCGGGCUCAGGGCGUACAGGUACGCCCUGAGUCCUUAAGAGGUUAAGGUACUGUUACCGUGUUAUUGACCAAACAAAGUGAGGUCUACUGUUCGAUGGAUUUUGUCUGUGUGUAUAUUCUGUGAUAACUUGAAAAUACUGUCAUAGAUUUGUCUAAUAUUUAACAUUAUAACCCACUUGGGAAUGGAUAUAUAGCCAUAUUAAAUUUGUCUGAAAUGAGUCAAGCAGAUAAGAAUGACUACCCCCUUCAUUCACUGCUCAAAAAAAUAAAGGGAACACCAAGAUAAGAUCUUAGAUCUGAAAGAAUGAACUAAUCGUAUGAAAUACUUUUGUCUUUACAUAGUUGAAUGUGCUGACAAUAAAAUCACACAAAAAUUAUCAAUGGAAAUUAAAUUUAUCAACCCAUGGAGGUCUGGAUAUGGAAUCACACUCAAAAUCAAAGUGGAAAACCACACUACAGGCUGAUCCAACUUUGAUGUAAUGUCCUUAAAACAAGUCAAAAUGAGGCUCAGUAGUGUGUGUGGUCUCCACGUGCCCAUAUGACCUCCCUACAACACAUGGGCAUGCUCCCGAUGAGGUGGUUGAUGGUCUCCUGAGGGAUGACCUCCCAGACCUGGACUAAAGCAUCCGCCAACUCCUGGACAGUCUGUGGUGCAAUAUGGCAAACAUACAUCCCCCAGCAAGUCCUCACUGUCAGGGCACGCUAGAAGUUGUAGUUUUGCUAAUGCUAGCAGGCGGAGGGGAGAUGUUACAGGAGCCGACUGCGCUGUGGCAAAACUACAACUCCCAGCAUGUCUUCACCGUCAGGGCAUGCAGGGAGUUGUGGUUCUGCUAAUGGUAGCGGGCGGAGGAGGUGGCAGGGAGAUGUGCGACGGAGCUAUGCGAACGAGAGAUGUGCAGCACGGGGGCGAUGUGAGCGUUGUUGUCCCCCUCUGCGCCAAACCUGAAAAAACUGAAAUCUUCAGACUGAGCCCCACUAGUGUGUUUGCUUUAGGUGCAGUUCAAGACGCAGCUGUCUGCUUUUGCAUGCUGUGAACAGUGCCUAGUCGUGCAUGUGCCGGACAUUACCUCUUCUAAUCACUUUACUGUGACUAUAUGUUAGCGUACACAUGCAAGUCAUGACCACAUUGUUGUUUCUGCUGAGCUGCAUGUGGUUGAUGCGGGGUUCUAGCACAUGGCAGAAACAUUAAAGUAAACUAGGGAAGAAGAUCUGUAUAGAAUUAAUCUAAAUACAAUUGUGCAGUGGAAAAACUCAUGUUAACUGCAGGAUUUAUGCCAUCACACUGCAACUGUGCAGUAUAUUGAAUAGUUAUACUAAAUGUUAUUACCCAAAAUUUUGGGAAGUCUUGUGGUAAGAAACGGUCAAGAUUUGAGCACUUACAGUACAAUUCAUCAUCACUAUUAUAAAGAGAGUUGAAAUGUUAGUGGUUGCUUCUUCCAAUAAAUGUCAGAUGUCAUGGCCCCUGUAAACAAGAGUUUACUUUGCUAGUGCCAAUGUCUGAAAUAGAAACUUGCUCCACUGAAUGUCUAUUCACAUGUGGUAGAAUUGUUGUAGAAAUUUCUGUCAUUGAAAAUCCAUUCCAUACAUCAUGGGGUUAUUUCUGCAGCAUGUGCAUUGAUUUCUGCAAAUCCUAUUCAGAGUCCCAAAAUUGUUAAAAACAUGCUUUUAGCAUGAUCACCAUGGGAAAGGCUGCAUUGGAAGCACGCUGGCUUGGACUUCUUUUGGCUGUUUAUUAGGUUUGUUGCUGCAUACAGCAUAUGAUGAAAUUCUUACCUGAAAUUGUAUUUUCCUGUAGUUCAAAGGCAGCACAUACCGUAUUUUUCGCCCUAUAGGACGCACCGGCAUAUAAGACGCACCCAAUUUUAAAGGUGCAAAAUCUAGAAAAAAAAAAUUUCUGAACCCAACAGUGAUCUUCAACCUGUGGACCUCCAGAUGUUGCAAAACUACAACACUCAGCAUGCCCGGACAGCCGUUGGCUGUCUGGGCAUGCUGGGAUUUGUAGUUUUGCAACAUCUGGAGGUCCGCAGGAUGAAGACCACUGGUAUAAGAGGUUAUACUCACGUGUCCCCACCGCUCCGGACCCGUCACCGCUGCCCUGGAUGUCGCUCCAUCGCUGUCACCGCGUCCCCGUGGUGUCCCCGACGCUCCGGAUGUCUUCUUCCCGGGAUCCACGCUUUCCAUCGCCGUCAUCACGUCGUUAUGCUCGCUGCUCCUAUUGGAUGACAGGACGGCGUGCGCGACGACGUGAUGACGUCGAAGGAGAGCGCCGCCAUGCAGGGGAUCCUGGCACGGAGCAGACACCGUGGAGGCAGGUAAGGUCCCUCCAGGUGUCCUGUAAGCUGCUCGGACGCCGCGAUUUCACCGCGGCGGUCCCGAACAGCUCGACUGAGCAGCCGGGUUAGUGUCACUUUCGCUUCAGACGCGGCGGUCAGCUUUGAUCGCCGCGUCUGAAGGGUUAAUACAGGGCAUCACUGCGGUAUAAUGAUCAGCCCGACCACAGCAGCAUUGUGUAAUUGUACAGCAAUAUAAGGGGGAGAUGUUGUGCUGCCUUUGAACUACAGGAAGAGAAAAUUUCAGGUAAGAAUUUUUAUUCUUCCAGGAUGUCCUUGAACAGCACACAGAGGGACAAGCACGGAUUUCAGACGCACCAAUUUGCCAAGUCUAAGCCAACUGCAGGAUUGAUGUCCAGUGUUUUAUAAAUGUUAAAGAUGUGGACCAUGUGGCUAUUUUAAAAAUCUCCUCCAAUGAAAUAGAAUUUACUUCUGUCCAGGAAGCAGCGUCUGCUCUGGUUGAAUGAGCUUUUAUGGAUAAAGGCGAUAGUAGACCUUCUCUGGAAUAUGCCUCUGACACCGUACACUUGAUCUAACUGGCAUGAAUGGACUUGCUUUCCUCAUUUUAUUAGGGCCCCCUGUUGAGGGAACUAAAUGCUGGAUGUUAGGUAUUUCCCUUGAUAGCAAACACAUCUGUGGUGUCCCAGUACUGCAUUUCAUACGGUACUUAUUUAUCUAUGGGUCCCCGUAGCCAGAGUCCCUAGGACUUAGUAAUAUCUGUUAGUCAGUCCGCCCCUAGUCGCCUCUAUUAUAGUGUAUAGAUUCCUAAUGUAUCCAUAGAAUAAUGUAUAUAGUAUUAUUUCUGCAUAUAAAUGCUUAAUUACUUGUUUCCAUGGCGUCGCAGGGCCUUCGGGUCAAAGGAUGCGUUCCAAGCCUCAUUCUGGAUGCAUUCCAGGCCUCACUUUGGUAUCUCUAGCCUCAUUUUGGGUUUUUUGCAAUGUAUAUAGAUCCUGUGAUGUAAGCAAUCCCAUGAUACUAUGUAAAGUGAGUGGCAGACGUACGGACCAAUCAAAAUCGCCAUGCCCCCUGCCCAUAUAAGGGAGCGGCGGCCAUCUUCUCGCUCUCUUUCUCCUGGCUCUUGAUGAGAGAAGACCUAUAUCUCAGUAAUCGCAGUGAGUUAGGCCUGAGCCUUGCGGCAACGGCUGAAUGAUCUAAAUUAUAGAGUGUGUCAUCCCCUAAGCACUCUGCAGUAUCACCGGACUCAAUAUUUCCCCAAAAUCCGGACGGAUCUGCACAUCAUUCCCUAAAUUCAGAGACUAUAAGUUUCAUGCAAGGUCCGCAACUUCUGCCUGUCGCUAAGCAACCUAAGAACUGUUAUAUGAGACUGUUACUACGUAUUGGAUAUUGCAAGCACUGCAGUAAAGUUGUUCAA